AUGGUAACCGCACUAAAGAGUGAAGAAAAAACAGGGAUUAGAGUCGAUAGUUUGCUUAGUUCAGGUGGAACUGGAAGGGGAGGGAGGGGAUACUAUGUGGGUGUGACGGUGGUGAUAGUGGUGGUGGCUGUUUCUAAAAAUGGCAUCUUUGCCGGUAACCUUGUUUGGGGAACUGUGGGUGUUUCUCACUUGUUUAUAGUGGUUCGUCCAUGCGAUGUGAUGAAUGUAUACGUGAGGACUGGAAACCGGAUAAGAGUCCAGAGAAAGGAGGGCCGCCAUAAACUUCACAUCCACGUCAGACUCGAGUCAAAUCACCGAGUCUGGGUGGUUGGGGUCAUGCAGAUGAUACGUCUGGUGAUGUGCACUGACAUGCGGGUUGGUGAUGAUUAUCAACUCAAUCUUGCGCUAAGGCCAGCAACAAUAGACCCUCUGGUGAGUGCAUUGCUCCCAGCCACAUGCGCCCGUUGCGAUGAUGGAGAGAGCGAGCUAGCUCCUAUAAUCUACACACCACACAGAUACACAAACUAG